GUUGGAGGUGGGGGGGCUCAGCAUAUAAAAACAUAGUGAGACUCCGAACUCUACAUUCUGCAGUCACUUGGCAUACACUUUAGUAAACCUGAAAGGAAUACCACCGCAGGAUGAAAAGUUGCAUGUGGCUGCUAAUCAGCUUUUGGGAACUUUCCAUUCAGCCAUCAUUAACUAGUAUACCUGACUGCAGCGACAGCACGAAGGAAGAUCCGGCUUGCCUGGACAGCCUAGUGGCCAUGCCUCCCUCGGACCAGGGCUGCAGUAGCACAAGCCGGCUGCCCUGUCUGAGUCCGGAUGAGCAGGAGGCAGCCGUCCCAGAGGAGCUGAAGGAACUUCGGCACGAGAUACAGGAGUUCCGGCAGACAUUUCGGCACGCAGAUACAGGCGGCAACCAGAACGGCAAACAACAAAGUCAAACUAACCGGCUCCUCAGAAAUCUGCUUGAUAGACUGGGUCAUGUGGAAUCGAGCAUCCUCACCAUGGUGUCAAGGUUCCAGAAGCUGCACGAAGAAGCGAGAGCGAAUCACAGCAGCACGGAAGAGCGGCUCAACGCUCUGGUAAUACUGCUGCUUAAUAUGCUGUCAGAGUGUGACAUUCCGUGCAAUGCAUCCCUGAAGAAAUUAUCACUUCUCGAAAGCAGAUGGCUCAAGACUUCAGAAACCAAAGAAGACUUGAUUCUUCAUCAAAAAGGGACAGAGACAGAGCGUACAGGAUAUCCAGUGGAUGAUUCUGAAAAGUUGGAAAAGGCUUUCCCACGGGAUUGUGCUGAAAUUUACAGGCAAGGAAUCAAAGACAAUGGGAUCUAUACCAUCCAGCCUGUCACAAGUAAGCAUCCAUUUGAGGCAUUUUGUGACAUGAUUACAGAUGGAGGUGGCUGGACAGUUUUCCAGCGCCGGCAGGAUGGAUCUGUUGAGUUUAACCAGACAUGGCAGGAAUACAAACAGGGAUUUGGCAACCUGGAAGGAGAACAUUGGUUAGGCAAUGAAAAUGUACACAGUCUGACAAAGACUGGCCAGCAUAUGCUACGUAUUGAACUGGAAGACUGGUAUGGUGUCAAGCGUCAUGCCAUCUACCACAAAUUUAAACUAGCCAAUGAGCAAAACAAGUACCGCCUGACUGCAAGAGAAUAUAGUGGCAAUGCAGGUAAUGCACUGAGUUACAGCAAAAACUACAAUCAUGAUCACAAGUUUUUUUCUACCACAGAUAGUGAUAAUGACAACUACUCCAUGGGGAAUUGUGGCACUUACUAUGGUGCUGGUUGGUGGUUUGAUUCUUGUCUGGCUGCCAACCUGAAUGGAAAAUAUUACAGAGGCAAGUACAGUGGGCUGACCAACGGCAUUUACUGGGGCACUUGGUACAUUUUGACAGACAAGCGUGCCAACCAAAAGUACUCUUUCAAGAGGGUGGAGAUGAAAACUAAAAGUCUGAGUACAUAAUUGAGUCGGUAGAGGAUAUUUGAUCUUUUAAGGAUUACUAAUAUGGCCUGUCUUUAUACAUUUCUCAUUAUGAAACAGAAUUGCCUUUGUCAUGCUGUCUUUAGGUAUUGUGCACUACGGUCUUCAAAGAGCAAGACAGAGGACUCUACCUCUUAGGUUUCGUCAUAACUGCAGUACGACUGUCAUGAUCUCAUUCUUCACUAAAUUAAGAAAAUCACAAAAGCUGAAGUGUUGUCUUACAAAUAAAUACAAGAACUCAUCCUGAAGUUUGGAAAUUGUAAAUUUCGGAGUAGUACUGCACAGUCAUUCUUCUAACAAAGUGUAGUAGAUGCACAGAACCCAUUUUAUGACCAUGGAAAACGUGAA